AUGUUGUUGCUAUGGCACGAAGCAUUGGGCUCGGACGAUGAGCAAGCGACCGACGACGAGCUCCGUGCUCGAGUGCUGUACUUCCACAACGACAGCGACGAGAGUGCAAAUGUGGUGCAGAGCCUCUGCUUGGUACAAGGUCUACUGGCGUUUGUGCGAACACUUCGAUGCAAGGACUCGAGAGAAGGAGCCACGAGCACCAAAUGGACACCCGAGUGGGCGAGUGCGACACUAUCGAGUCACAAGAUUUUCAUCCUGGAGCUGGAGCCGCAGAUUUUCAUGGCACUGGGUGUUCGCCCGAGGGUCGAGAUUGAUGACCACAGACCAGGAUACGAGGCGCUGCUACAGGAGAUCUACGGCAUGUUCCGGUUGUUUCACGGCAGCAUUGACAGCAACUUGCGAUUUCUACUGCCUUCGGCUGACCAGUCCGUUGCGCUAGACACGACUGGCAAGAAGGAUUUGGAUGGAAUGGAUCUCUUGAUGGACAUUGCUGCAGCGCGAAAACGGCUGCGCAAACUUCGACUUGCAAUCGAUGAGCACUCUUCCAACAAGGCAUUUGAUGACACCUGCGGAGUUCCAGACGGACAACGCCAUGAUGAUGAAGUGUUGGCACAGAUGCGGGAAGAGGAGCAGACUGCUGAAACAGAACUUGAGGCACUGCUGGCGCGGUCUCCCGCGUCAUUGCUGCACAAGAAGUGUACUGCAUUCUUUCCCACACUUCUUCAGUCGCUGGACAUUCGUGGUGCGAGUGGCUUGUCCGAGUUGCAAGGCCUCACGUACUUCCCAAUGGACGAGUCGACGUUUCUGUCCGUGCAGACUUUGGUGAAUGGCUUCCACACAGAGUCGCCGUUUUCAGAAGAUGGCACGGGAGGCAGUCGUGUAAAGCACUUGACGCUAUUUUUCAAGGGCAAGCUUCUGUGGAGCUCCAUGGAGACCUCCGUGCUGCAUUUGCUGUACAAAUUUCUCCGACUUCGGGAAGAGCGUGGAAUGACCAUACUCCGUGACGACGUACAUCGUGAUUGUGACAAAGUGCAUCCCGGUGUAACAUCGAAGAGCGAUCGUGAAUCUGAGCUCUGGAUGGCCAAUGCGUACAGCGAUACGUUUCGCCCUAUUUGGUCCAGCGAGCUCUCGUACGCUGAAUGCGAUGCAGUCGCUCAAAGCGAAACAGACGGCCCUCACGUGCGGAAGGCAGCUCGCUCGUUGCACAAUCAGCAUCCAGUACCGCUGUCAAUGUUUCUGCGUGGAUCUCCAUCUCCAUCUAGUGGAGCCCGCGGUGCAUCUCCUUCUACGACCUCAGACUCUGGUGCUGCAGCAAUUCCAGCACAAGCUGAGCUGCCAACUCCAUCUCCUGCAUCAUUGUCUCGUUCGGACAGGCCUCGAAGUAGUGAAAUGAGUCACGUGGUCUUCAAGAAUGCGCUGAAUGCACGACUUAGGUCCGUGUCGCUUCCAAAUGCAGGACUGAUGCUGAAGAAUGGCUGCUAUGCGAAGUUACCGGACCGAGAAUCCGCACCUGAAAGCGGUUGGAGGGGCAUUGAAGAAGUAUGGUGUCCUCUCAUCUUCCAUCCCGACAGUAUGCCCACCUCCAGUGCGACCACGCCGGUAUCUGCAAGGCACCGAGCAGUGGUCUGGCACGAAGCAGAUCUCACAAUGAUCGCCUUGCUCGGUCUGGACGAAACGGAACUUGGUUCAGCAAGUGCAUCAUCAGACCUUGUGAAGGCGACCACGCUUGGAACUUUCGUCAACUAUCUCGAGGAACAGCAACGAUUUCGGAUCCUCGCACAGCUCAUCCUUACGCAAUGCAAAGCUGCAGUGGCUCCCAAAAAGAACACCUCGAGUCCGCAUGCGCUUUUUCCCUUCUUGUACAUCAACCGCAUCAACCUUUCGUUUCGAGUGCACCAUGUGCCUCGACUGCUGAAAUGCAGCGGACACGACGUGUUCCCGAUUCCGAACAAACUAUUGACGCACUACUUCCCGACGUCGACUAUGGCGCUAGUAACUCAACUCCACGCAGAGCUCCAUCGACCGUGGAACACGGGCACUCGAGAGCUGUGUGUCCACACGCGAUCCGAUGGAUGGGUCUACGCCAAGAAGUCCGAAACCUCAUGUCGGGCGCUCUACGUCUUUGUUGGCAGCAAUGUCUCUUCCGUGCACGAUCUCUCGGCGGCCCUGCAGAUGCUCCUUCGCGACCACUUUGGACACGUCUCAUUCUAA